CUCGCGAACCUCAAGGUAGCUAUAAAGGAAAAAAGGGCAUCCAAGCUCAGACGGCCUUACAAAGCGGCAUCUCGAAAUUCCUGGGCAGUCCUAACACCUUACGCCCUGGGUCACCGCCGCGUGUUUCGCCGACGACAGCCACCCCCCUCAUCCGAACACCUACCGCUUGUCUCGACGAUUUUCAUCGACUAAAAGACUGACAAUGGGAGCCGCUCAACAAAUAAUCUAUUUUCUUUUUCACCCAAACCAGCUUCGGUCUAUCAUCCAAUGGAAGGUAUGGCACGAGCCCGUCCACAGGCGCGACCCCUCCAAGGAGACUCCAACCGAGAAGUCAUGCUUCCACUACCUCAACCUGACUUCGCGGUCCUUCGCCGCCGUCAUCCAAGAGCUCAACCCCCAGCUCCUGAUGCCCAUCUGCCUGUUCUACCUGGUACUACGCGGACUGGAUACCAUUGAGGAUGACAUGACAAUCGAUAUUAAGGAGAAGGAGCCGCUUCUGCGGAAUUUCCACAAUCACAUGGAGCAGGACGGGUGGACAUUCGAUAAGAACGGGCCAAACGAGAAGGACCGUGACCUACUCGUGCACUUUGACGACGUCAUCGCCGAGCUGAAGAAGGUGAAGAAGCCCUACUACGACAUCAUCAAGGACAUUACUGUCAAGAUGGGCAACGGUAUGGCCGACUACGCCGUCAACGCCGAGCACAACGCCAACGGAGUCAACACCAUCGCUGACUACGAGCUGUACUGCCACUACGUUGCCGGCCUGGUGGGCGAGGGCCUGACGCGGCUGUUCGUCGCCAGCGAGCUGGCCAACCCGCAACUGCUGGUGCGCAUGGACCUUACCGAGAGCAUGGGCCAGUUCCUGCAAAAGACCAACAUCAUCCGCGACGUGCACGAGGACUGGGAGGACAAUCGGCGCUUCUGGCCCAAGGAGAUUUGGAGCAAGUACGUCGACAAGUGGGACGACCUGUUCGCGCCCGAGAACCGCGAGAAAGCGCUCCAGUGCAGCUCUCACAUGGUGCUCAACGCCCUCAAGCACGCCGAGGAGUGCCUGUUCUACAUGGCCGGCAUCCGGGACCAGAGCGUUUUCAACUUCGUCGCCAUCCCGCAGAGCAUGGCCAUCGCCACCUUGGAGCUGGUCUUCCGCAACCCGGCCAUCUUCGAGAGGAACGUCAAGAUCACCAAGGGCGACGCCUGCCAGCUCAUGACCGAGUCGACGCAGAACCUGCGCGUCGUGUGCGACGUGUUCCGGAGAUACGCGAGGAGGAUACACAAGAAGAACGACCCGAGGGAUCCGAAUUUCCUGGCCAUCAGCGCCCAGUGCGGAAAAAUCGAGCAAUUCAUCGAGUCCAUCUUCCCCACGCAAGAUCCCAAGAAGAUCAGCCUUGCCAAGGCCAACGAGGAACCGGCAAUGGAGACUAGCGAAGCCAUCUUGCUGGUGUUGUCAGUGCUGUCAACCCUGGUGCUGAUUGGGCUUGCCAUGAUUGGAAUUGCAUGGUUCAUGGGCGCGAAAAUGGACAAAUUCUUUCACGAUUUUGAUCAGUUCCUGGGUGGCAGCGUCAGGAGCUCAACGCCCAUCGCCGCCGUGCCAGGCCGCGACGAGUUGUGAGGCUGUCUGCCUACUGACAGAUCACGGUCGGUCGAGACGAGACAUUAUUUGUUCGCGUUCUAUACGGUAUCUCUUGUUAGUGACACAUACCCUUGAAUGUGCAAAGCGGCCAUGUACAAAACGAUUAUGAUGCGGACUGCCAGGGGGGCCAUGGCGCCCAAAUUCAGGACAGGACAGGAGCAACUGAGCAUAUAAUACUAACAUAAUACACGCGGACUUGGUCGCCGUCUUCCCGUCGCGGAUGACUUCCCGCACUUGGCGCAUCGCGGUCAGCUCGCCGGGUCUGCUUCACCUCUGGAGGACAUUACAAGACUCGGAAAGAAAAGCACGGAUGUCAAAUUGCA